CUGAGCUACACUUCAUGGCAAGUUUGCAGCGUCUGCUGCUCUAGGUCUUGGGAGUGAGAAAGUGGUUUCCUUUAUGAUAACUCCGUACGUUUCAAGAAAUGGGUAUAUCUAAUAACUAUGCCGUAAAUCAUCAAAUUCCUGCCCUAAUUUUCCCACGAGACCAGCUUCGCAAUUAAUUAAAACCUGGUACAAGGAAAUUGAAGAAGAGAGACCUCCAAAAAAAAAAAAAAAAAAAAAAAAAAAGCACAACCCAACCCCCUACUCGUCCAUCGUCCAAGCAUACUCUAAGCCUUCCCGCAUCUUUAUCUUAUUCCGCGCUUCAAACCAUUGUUGCUCAAAUCCAUUCCCCCGGUCUACCCCGUCCCACCUAUGUCCGGGCCGUAUCCCAUACCGAUUCGGCGCAGCGGGCCCUGUAUAUACCUUCCUCCCACUCUUCCCCCUACCAACACUGACACCAGCACCAACUGAGCCAGCGCCUUUGAUCGAAGUCAAAAACUCCGCAGCGGGGUCAUUCCAUCUCACCCUAGCCUUCAGCUCCGCAUUCAUCUCUUCAUCCUCGACUGUCCUUGCCAAUGGCAUAUAUUUGGCCUCCCGCACCGCCUCCCUCCGCGCCUCCCUCUCACGCCGCUGCACGUCGCCCUUCAACGCCUCUUUGGCCGCCGCUUCGGCUGCCGCCGCUUCCUCCGCCGCCCGCCGUGCCUCUGCCCUCUUCAUCGCCACGUUGAUUAUCCGCCCGCUCGCGUCGCGGUAGAUGGUCUCGGACUCUAGUCCGUUACCAUUCCCGCCCGUCUUGCCGGAUUUCUUCUUCAUCGCAAGAGAUUCCCGCUCCCGUUUCCGCUGUUGGGCAGCUACCAUGGCCUCCGUCUCUUCAGCUGUCUGUAAACCCGCCCGCGCACCGGACUCCAUUCGUAGCUCGCCAUCGUGUUCCGCAUCGGCAAUAACAGGCUUAUCUUCGCUCUCUUGUGCAUGAGCAGCUUGCUCCGCGGCAGCUGAGGCAAGAAUGGCGUCUGCCGCCGCCUGCUCGGCAUUUGACGGCGCUGCAGGCCCGCCUACCGUCUUCCAGCUGGAUUUUUUCGAUUUGCGGAAUUCGGCCGAAUGACCCGCACUAGCUAUUGUGUAUGGGGAGUCAUCAUCACCACCAUCAUCAUCACCGCUGCCGCGCCCGUAUCCAUGGCUCCUGGACUUUAUAGAUGAGCUGCGGAGGUCUGGUGGGUCGUCGUCUGCGAUUAUCAAGCCACCCGAUUCGGUGUCCCGGUCGGCGUGUUUACUUUUCUUUCGCUUCUUUUUGGGGCGGUCAGAGGUUGAGGGUGUGUCUGCAGUGAGGUAGUUUUUAGCUAGGUAGGCGGCUAGGGACAUUGCGAGCGUGGAUGUGAGUAUUCUUGUGGUUUAGUUGUACGCUUGGUUUGUCCCCGUUCACAGCAAUCUAUGUAAGAGCUUCAGGACACGGAACAUCAAUUAUCCGAUAACUCACAAGAUACGAAUACGAGAUGAUAUCAACUGUUUGUAAGGCGGGUUUAUUUCCUGUGCUUGAAUGGAGGCUUAUCAAACAUAACACACUCUACGAAUUGGAAUUCCCCGUCAUGGCUCGCUCCGAUGAGGCGGAGUGGUGGUACAAUGCCGUUUAUGAUGCUGUACAGCAGAUUCCCCGUGGUAAAGUGAGCUCGUACGGCCAUAUCGCAUGGCUCCUCGGGCAGCCUCAACGGUCGCGCCAGGUAGGCAUGUGCCUCAAAUAUCUCCCGUCCAACAGCCCGGGGACAGACCACUUCUACCACGACCAGAACGUACCGUGGCAGCGUGUGCUAAACGCCAAGGGAAUAAUACCUCAUCGUGGCCCCGGUUCUGCCGCGAGACAGGCGGCCGCACUUGGGGAGGAAGGGGUGGACGUGCAUGUGAACAGCAUGGGCGAGUAUUCUGUUGAGCUGGGACGGUUUGGAUGGUUCCCGGAUCGCUUACCGCGGGAGGAGGUCAGUGACGCAUCCGAUGCGGAAGCGGAGGAAAUUGAGAGAUGACGUGCGUUGACAUGACGGGAAAUCAGAGAGUCAUCAAGGACGGGCUCUAAGGCUUGGAGGCCUAACGCUUCCAAGAUGGACGAAAUAACUUACGCUUGAACAUCGUACCAGAGGGGGAUUAACGGGGUUCUACACUAAUUAAGUUACCAGCGUUGUCUCAGACGGGGUGGAAGGCCGAUUGCCUAAGAAGAGCAUGAACCCUCCACCCUUGCCUUCUGAGAGUUUAUAAGGAAACAAAAAAAAAAAAAAAAAAAAAGGUCCACGUUAAGAAGAGCGGUCAUCAUUAUGUUACAUUAACUACCUUUGUUGUAAAUAUCUAAAUUACGUAGCUUUCCUUUAUACCACCCCGGUUUGAUAUCAAGAUAACAACUACAAGUCGGUUCAAUAAAGAUCCAUUCUAAAAAUGUUCUGGAAAACACAACUCAGGAGACAAAAUCCGACGGGUGGUGUCAAACUUUUUUUUUUUUUUUUUUUUUUUUU